AUGGAAAGUUUGUGGGGGGGGUUUUCCUUCCUGAAAGUUAACGCAGGGCUGUUGUUGCGCGCAUCCAACAUGACAGAUACAGUAACGGACAUCACGGCUGGCAGUGAUUCCCUGCUGUGCUGGUUACUGCAAUGAAUGGUAACACUGUCCAGCAGACCACGAGCACUGCAUCAUCCGUAGCACCUCCUUGUGGAUGGAGGGAGUUCUGCGAGUUGCAUGCCAGCACCACGGCCCGAGAACUUGCCCAGCACUACCGGCGCUUCGUCAGAGAGUGGCCGGUGCAGGAUGUGGUCCCGCCGGAAAGUUUCUCGAAGCAGUUCAGCGCCCUCUUCCAGCACCACUUCAGCUGCGAGGUGGCUAAAGAUGCAGAACCCGCCCUGCGGCCACCACCGCCUCCUCCCUUGCUACCCAUGACUGGCCGCUUACGCAUCACUUCCUUCUCGGGGGUGCUGGAUUACCGGGAGACCAUGCGGCCAGGAGUGACUCCGCUAGUUGCUGUGUUGACACCCAAACCAGAUGCCGCAGGCGUCCCUAGAGAACAGGAGCAGUUGCUGCGAUGCUCUCCUGCAGACACUACACGCAGAACGCGGCAUCAUAGCCAGGAAGACGAACACCUGGAGCAGAGGACUGGGUCUGAACGAUACUCGCCCCCUUUGUUUUCCUUCCCUUCCCGUAGUGACGUAACCAACUUUUCCAUCAGGGGAUUUCGAGAAAGCGUAUGCCGAUUCUUUAAGAAUUCCCCCCAAACUGAUGAACCUUCAGGUGGUUGCCCAAGGGACGAUUCGAUCAAGGGGGGCGGACCCUCAGCGACUGUUGAAUGCACCUCUCAAACCCCACCUCAGACUGUGCAGGUACCCGCCCAUUGCACUUCGCAGAAGGGUGCGCGGUGGGAACGAUGGAAUCUGUUGCGAACUAUGAGACAGAGGCAAGAGACAGGAAGUGUUUGUAAAGAGGGGCAGCUGCGGUACCUGGAGGUGGAUGACACUAUCUCAGACACACCCCCGCUUUGGCUGCGCUGCCACCUGCAGGUCAGGAGGAUCAACGAGCACACUGCUAGUGAGAAGUACCAGCUGGAGCUCUAUGACCCACCCAAGGACUACAAAACUCCAAAGCUUACUGUACCCUGUUCAGACAUCCAAGAGAUUCGACGCUGUAAUCGCCUAGAGAUGCCAGACAACAUGAACACAUUUGUCUUAAAGGUUACUGGUCAUCCGGGUAGUUUUCUAUUUGAGGCCGAUAAUGAGCAGCAGGUGAGCUCUUGGACCACAGAGCUCAGAGAAUGCAUCACCAGCAGGUCAGAUAGUGUGGAUGGAGAACCGUUUCCUGUUAGCGACUCACUCAACGCAGCUUGCAGAGGGAGUACAGAGCCUGGCGGCCAGGGCGAGUCACGUACACAAACGCACUCUCUCUUACUUAAAUACAAGGCAAACCUCACUAUGACUGUUGCACAUAUUUCUGUUCAUGUCUGUAUUUAUAUUGCAUUUUCCACUGUUUUUCUUCCUUUGCAGCAUUUGCGUCUAUCUUUAACUGAAUGGGGUCAGUGCCGUGUGCAGCACCUGCGUUUCCCAUCAGUCAUGGACAUGCUGAGUCACUUCCGCAACUGUCCCAUCCCGCUGGAGUGCGGCGCCGCGUUUGAAGUUAUGUUGGCCAAUUAUGUGCGGCUAAACCCCACUCACGCAGGUCAGAGUUCGGCUAUCGGCUCUCCGGUAUUGGUGCCCUUCUCUCGCUGGAGCUCAGAGCCGAGUCUAGCUCACUGUAGUCCGGAUUCAUGCCCUCACUCCAGCCCCUCCACGGCCCAGUCGUUAGCAUUAUCCGCGCUCCCGCAUCGCACACCCUCUUUGUUUCCAGACCGCCCCGUUCCCGUCCCCCUGCACCGGAGCGAGUCGGUGGGCCGCAGAAACCUGCUCCGCCACCCCAACCCACUGCCGCCCCUACUGCCCAACCAGGACUCUGACUACGAACUGGAGCCACCCGACAGGGGGCGCAAGAGAGCCAUCGACAACCAGUACAUGUUCUUCUGACAGAGACAGAGGAUGAAAAAGAAUAAAGAAGCCGCAGAUGAAAAAUGCUCCAGAAUUCCCGGCCGGAUCGAGAGCAUCCGGCAGCCAAACGGAGAAAAGAGUUGGAGUCGUGCGAGAUUACGCACGAGACUCGGGGUGGAGGCACCUGCACGUGAACGAUACAGCCGGACACCUGACACCCAGCCCUGCCAGCUGUCUACCUUGUGAAUGUAUUAUACAGAUGUUUCACUAUCAGAUCGGUGUGUAUUGUAGAAUAGCUCAGAGGCGUUGUUGGAUGGGAACGUUUGGCGAUGGCUGGUCAGUAAGUUGAACACAAACCAAGGGUCGAGUCAAACACGUCCGUGUCUACACUGGAAACGGACAUCGCGACAACUUGAGGCCGUCUACACUGGAUACAUUCACAAUCAGCUGUAAGCUCAAGUCUAGAGUUUAGUAAUCAACGAUUACUAAAACGACAAUAAAAUCAGUUUGUCGAUCAGACAAAAAAAAUUGUUAUUUUCGACCGAAAUACAGUAUAAAAUUGAUUUUGCAUGUGAUUAAUUUGAUAACUAAUUUUUACGAUCGUAUUCCUACAACUGCAUAUUCUUAUAGUAGAAAUAACAAAAUUAUUAAAAUUAGCAUGUCAGACCAGAAGGCUAGACUUUAGCGAUUAUUAAAAUCACGUCAAAAUCCUUUGAAUAAAAAGCGUUAUUUUCCACAGAAAUACAUUAUGAAAUUGAUUUUGCAUGUGAUUAACUAUAUCAUUAAUUUUACAUAUGGUUAUAUUCCUACAACUGCAUAUGCAUAUUGUUAGAAAACAAAAUCUGUAAAAUUAGUAUGCCAGACCAGAAGGCUAAACUUCAGAGAUUGGAAAAAUGACAAUAAAAUCAGUUGAAAAAGAAAUCAUCAUUUUCAUCAGAAAUCCAUUACAAAAUUGAUUUUGCAUGUGAUAAUUUUAUAAUUAUUUUUAAGUAUGUUAGUACUCCUACAACUGCAUAUGCGUAUAGUUAGAAACCAAAAAUGUUUCAAGUAUACCAGACUAGAAGGCUAAGCUUCAGCAAUUAAGAAAAAUAACAAUAUAAUCGGUAGUAAUAAUCGGUAAUAGUCGGGAAAAUAAAUCUUUAUUUUUAACACAAAAUUAUUAUUAUGAAUAAUUUUAUAAUCAAUAUUAAUUAUGUUAGUAUUCCUACAACUGCAUAUGUAUAUGGAUAAAAAUGUUAAAAAAUGAUUCAAAUUAUUAUGUCAGACCAGAAACAUCAUGAGCUGGCUUUGAUAUAAGGGUCAGAAGUUAUUUAAACCUGUAAAGAAUACAAUUUAUACAAAUUUUUUAAUAAAAUCACUUCAUUUUAGAUGUGUCUGGAGUCAGAAAUUGAGAAAUGGGGCGUCCACAUCAGGUGCUCACAGUGUAGACCGCUCCGGAGUCAUUUAGUUUUGUCGCAGGUGUCCGGUGUAUAUACGGUGGUAAACAUCCAAAAGAUUCAAAUAGUUUUCAGUCUGCCUGCACACACACACACGCACACACUUUCAGAUUGUUUAUUUCAUGUUCAGUUGUAGUAAUACACAGGUUUCUUUAUGUUUUGCGUAGUAAAAAAAACAAAUAAUAUAGAUCGUAGAACCACAGUUUUACGUCAACACAGCAAGUCUUGUCAUCUUGGAUUCUAGAGGUUUACAGUUUCAUCUGACCAAAGAGCAAAAUUAACCAAACCAGACCGGCAAUACGUUUUGUUAUGCCUCAAUCAUCAUAUUUUAUAAUGAAUUUGUUUUACCCUGUGACUUCUUUCUUUCUAUCUGUUUUAACACAUUUUAAUACUAGUGGAAAUACUACUUUUAAACUAACAGCAACCAAAUCUGACACCAUAAAUAGUUGAUUUUAAGCUAUUUGUCCAUUGUUUUUCAGUAAGCGUAUUACAAAAAAAAACA